AUGUCGCACGCCCUCCUCCUCCGCCUCUUUCUCUCCCCGUCCUUCUUCUCCGUACAUGUGGCACUCCGUUACCUCAAUACAUACUCGGACAAUAUUGGAAUCACCUACUACCUGACACGGAGGCUGUCGGAGUACUCGGUCGAGGAACUGCGCGACGUGUGGGGAUUUAUCUGUCACUUGUUGGUCUCGCGUCCCUCCCAGUCCCGCGCGCUCGAAUGUUUUGUAACGGAUAUAUCCCGCAAGUCGACCCAUAUAGCUCUCAUUACGCUAUGGUUUAUGCAGGCCGCACUCCAGGACUUCUCGGCAAACCCGCAGAGUCCACAAGCUCUCAUCUGCCAACGCACUCUACUCAUGUGUCACGAGCUCAUUUUUGGCGAUCUACCACCGCCAGACACCAUCCCAUACCCCAGUCUCGCGACAGGUCCCCGUUCACGUCCCCUCUUCGCACGAAAGAAGGUCAAGCCUCACGCCAUACCGGCGUUCAUUGGAAUAGGCAUGUUCAUGGCUGGCUCUAUGGCACAUCCCAGAUUGGCGAACAUCAUGGUGCCGGUUGCUAUUGAGCAGGGCCGGGCGGACCUGUUGGGCUCGGACCUGAGGAGUCUGCAACGAAACGAGGAGGAUGUGGCACCUAGCGCAGCUACUUCGUCGCUAUCUCUGAGUAAAGAGUCUGGCGAGGGGACCGACUCGGACGAAGAACCGGCUACACCUGCACAACCCACCUCCGACUCUUCGCCAGAAUCAAGUGCGCGGAAGCGCUCUCCACGGCGGAAGUUGCCACUUCAUGGCGCUGCGAGCACCAGCCCUUCAUUGCCGAUGCAUCUGAAGAAACCGCGUAAACCGCGAUUCUCAGACGAUCCUCUAGGCCAACUCGAUCAGGAUGAGGUACCUAAAGUGGCGACAUACUCCUCGCCCGCAUUGUCCUCGGCAAGACAAGCACGAACGUCUUCAUCUUUGAACGAGCAAGAGGCGUUGUUGGCGAAGUAUGCACCGCAAGCCCAGAGGGAACUCUUGCGGAAACACUUCUGUCGUUCUGAGGUCCAGUUUAUCUUGACAUUGGAGAACAUCUCAAAUCGACUACUCGUGGUACCCAAACCAGCACGAGUGAGCGCAUUACGUGCCGAACUCACGGCUCUGAACCAUAAGUUACCAGCCGAAGUUUGCAUGCCAUUGUGGUGCUCAAGCGCAGAUGGUGUCGGGAACACGAACGAUCCUUCCGGUGCACAUCACCGCAUCGUCCGAAUACCUCCGGGUGAAUGUGUGGUUCUCAACUCCGCCGAGCGUGCUCCGUAUCUAUUGCUCGUAGAGAUCUUACAUGGUGACCUCGACUUCGACCCUGCGAAACGCAACAACCGUGGUCUAUUACAGAAGCUAGUAGCCGCGGACAACGAUCACUCUGGCUCCUCCAAAGAUCUGUCUCCAUUCGCACCCACACCAGCCCCCAUCAUGGGCCGCGGCCACUCCUUUGCGCUACCUAGUCGCACCGCUUCCCUGGACCCUCGCGACGUCGCUUUGGGGAGUCAAUCACAGGACGGACCCGUGACGCCCAUCAUUCCCCCAUCCCCAACCAUGCCCGCUUCUCCCCUACAAGACGAGCCAGAAGAAGAGGAGAUCGACCUGGUCGAACAGCUCUAUGGCGCAGAGGGUUCUCUCAAAGCUCCAAUCGAUCUCUCCGACAACCUCGUCCUCCCGCCUGCGCCGAAGAAUCGCGAUCUCGAUCUUGCAGCCUGGUCAAGAGCAGGAUCACCCGGCACGCCAAUGCUCGAGAACGGACCUUCAUCCUCUGGACACGGACACGUUCAAACGCUAUCAAUACCGGGAUCAUCUCGCGCACCUUCCACCCAGACAUCACCUCGUAAACCGGGCGAACUUUCGUUGCAGGAUUACUCCGACCGCAUGCGUACAGCCGCCGUCAUGCUCGCCCAGUUGAACGCCAAUAUGGUACCCGACGCGCCUGCACCACACGAACGCUCGAAUAGCAAUAGCGGUGUGUUGGGUUGGUUACCCAGUAGCAACUGGUUUUCCCUUCUACCACCCUCAGAACCAACCGAGCCUACCUCCGUGCCACCCUCGCCACAUCCCGGCGCCAGCUCCGAUGCUCCAGGCCCGCGACUGAAGCUGCAAGCAACAGAAGCAGCCGCAAUUCGAGAACGUAUCAUGGACGAGAUGUUGGCGCUGGAGGAGGAACGUAUGGAACGCAUGCGCGAGCGACAGGAAGAGCCCGAUUUCGGACGCGCAUCGCUUGCGGGUGGAGGUGGCGGCGUCGCGACGACUACGGCUGAGGACGAGAGCGUCAUUCGACGAGCGUUGACGAGGACAGAUCCCAGCGCUUUGGUGUUCUCCGAGAGCUGGGCGGCGAAGCGUGCGCGGGUGCGCCAGGCGAGUCCGUAUGGGCACCUCGCGUCGUGGGACUGCGCGAGCGUCAUCGUCAAGACGGGCGGUGAUCUCAGGCAGGAGCAGCUCGCGUGUGCGCUUGUGCUGGAGUUCUCGAGGGUAUGGAAAGAGGAGGGUUGCGCGUGCUAUGCGCGACCAUUCAGGAUCCUUAUCACGGGCGGGAGUAGCGGACUCAUCGAGACUAUCACCGACGCUGUGUCUAUACAUUCGAUCAAGAAGGCGGAGUACGCGAGGAGGCUUACGACGGGCAAUGGGAACCUUGGGCAUGUCACAUUACUCGACCACUUCAAGAACACCUACGGCGACCCGUCGUCCGCCAAGUUUGCACGGGCACAACGGAACUUCGCCAAGUCACUAGCUGGCUACUCCGUGAUCACCUACCUACUGCAGAUUAAGGACCGUCACAACGGCAACAUCCUCCUUGACCGUGAAGGCCACCUCGUACACAUCGACUUCGGCUUCAUGCUCGCGAACAGCCCAGGAAACAUGGGCUUCGAAGCCGCACCCUUCAAGCUUCCGCUCGAGUACGUCGACGUACUCGGCGGACUAGGUGGCGCACCCUUCGCCGAGUUCCGACGACUGUUCCGAGAAGGUUUCGAAGCCGCACGCAAACACUGUGACCGCAUCGUCACUAUGGUCGAGCUCAUGCAGCACGACAGCACAUUACCGUGUUUCGCCGCGUUCGGCGAGCAAACUGCGCAGCUGCUCCGCGAUCGAUUCCAGCAGAAACUCACGCAGAGUUUGGUAGAGGAGCACGUCGAGCGCCUCGUUGAUACGUCGCUUGGCUCACACUGGACACGAUUGUACGACUCAUAUCAAUAUUACUCGCAAUCCAUAUUAUAG